UCCCAGCACACUUCGCGAAUUACGAUGACGGGUGGUAACCACUCAAGCUCUAGUUCUGACCAGAGACGUCGUAAUCAAAGUCCUCAGUAUAGAAGAAGAGACUUUAGAGGCGAUGAACAGAGCCCAGACACGUUCUUGAACAGCAGGCGCAAGGAACGUGAGAGAAUAGCUGUUGAAGGCUGCCCAGAAGUUUGGGGUAGCUCGCCUAAAAGACCGGACACAGAUUCCGAUGAUGACGAGUUUCAAGAACAGCGCAGCCUCUCAAAUGGCAACAAACAGAGAGAAAAAGUUUCUGUAAGUGACAGCGAAGAUGAACGUCGUGUAAGAAAGUCAAAAAAGAGUAAGAAGCAGAAACACAAGAAAAGCAAAAAGCAUAAGACAUUGGACUCUGAGCUUGAAGCAACGGAAGGGAUGUGGGUUGAUAAAGCAGCCAUUGAUGGUGAUGUACUUGGUCCGUUACCAGAGACAGAACUGCAGGUUGACAACAAAGGAUUAUCAGAUUUCGGUGGUGCAUUGCUGCCCGGUGAAGGUGAAGCAAUGGCGAAGUACGUAGCAGAAGGUAAACGAAUUCCACGCCGUGGAGAGAUAGGUCUCACAUCGAAUGAGAUCCAGUCAUUUGAAGACCAGGGAUACGUCAUGAGUGGCAGCAGACACCGACGAAUGGAAGCCGUUCGUAUCAGGAAAGAGAACCAGAUCUACAGUGCUGAUGACAAGCUUGCCCUUGCACAAUAUAACCAUGCCGAGAGAUCAAAGAGAGAGGCAAAGAUUCUUACUGGAUUCCGAUCACUGGUACAUCAAAAAAUCAAAGAAAAGAAUGGCUAAAGCUAAAACACAUAAUUUUCACUAUGCUAAAA